AUCUCCACUCUCUCUUCUCCCUGAGUACCUCUGUUUGGCCGCCAUGGUGAAGUACUCCCAAGAACCCGACAACUCCACCAAAUCUUGCAAGGCAAGAGGAGCCGAUCUCAGGGUCCACUUCAAGAACACUAGGGAGACAGCGCACGCCAUAAGGAAGCUGCAACUGAACAAGGCCAAAAGGUACUUGGAAGAUGUGAUAGCUCACAAGCAAGCUAUCCCCUUCACACGUUUCUGUCGUGGUGUUGGACGUACUGCUCAGGCCAAGAACAGGCAUUCAAACGGACAAGGUCGUUGGCCUGCGAAAUCUGCUCAAUUCGUUCUUGAUCUUCUCAAGAAUGCUGAGAGCAACGCUGAGGUCAAAGGUUUGGAUGUUGAUGCUCUUUACAUUUCACACAUUCAAGUGAACCAAGCAGCAAAACAGAGGAGGAGAACAUACCGUGCUCAUGGAAGAAUCAAUCCUUACAUGUCAAACCCAUGCCACAUUGAGCUGAUUUUGUCAGAGAAGGAAGAGCCUGUCAAGAAAGAGCCGGAGUCUCAGUUGGCAGCAAAGUCAAAGAAAGGAACAUCGGAACUGAAAAUGAUGGUGGAGUUGUCGUCGAUCAUACCCGGCUUGACGGAGGACGCAGCGGAGCUCUGCCUCUCGCGAAUCCCGCGCUCUAGCUUUCGGGUCAUUUCCCAAGUCUGCCGGCGAUGGAGGACGUUCCUCAGGAGCGAGCAUUUCGCGGCAGUUCGAGAGUUGACCGGAACGGUGGAGGAGUUCAUGUGCGUUCUGAUGGAAAGCGAGUGUGGAAGAGACGUGUACUGGGAAGUUUUCGAUGACUUCGGGAACAAAUUGGGACAGAUCCCUCCCGUCCCUGGGCCUUUGAAGCGCGGUUUCGGUGUCGCGGUGCUCGAUGGCGGGAAGAUCGUCUUCAUGGGAGGAUAUACGGAGGUCGAAGGCUCCGGGAUCAAUAGCACCACUGUCUCUGCCUCUGCAGAUGUUUACGAGUUCGAUCCUUCUACUAACAGAUGGAGAAAACUGGCGGGAAUGAACAUACCACGUUACAACUUUGCGUUUGCUCAAGUGGACGGCCUAUUGUAUGUGAUUCGAGGCUAUUCCACAGAUGCUUAUAGCCUUUCAAACUCGGAAGUAUACAACCCCGAGACUAACCAAUGGAUCCUUAUGGAUUGUCCAAACCGACCGGUCUGGCGUGGCUUUGCAUUCUUUUUCAAUUCCAAACUCUACGCUGUAGGUAAUGGAUCGAGAUCCAUCGACAUUUAUGACCCAAAAACACAGACAUGGCAAGACUUAAACUCGGAGCAAUCAGUGUCGGUCUAUUCUUACACUGUUGUGAGGAACAAAGUGUAUUUCAUGGACAGGAACAUGCCGGGACGUCUGGGAGUGUAUGAUCCGGAGGAGAAUACAUGGAGCUCGGUGUUUGUGCCUCCGCGAGAGGGAGGUUUCUGGUUCAGACUUGGGGAAUGGAACAAUAAGGUUCUGCUAUUCUCACGGGUUUGUGGACAUGAGACCUUAAUGUAUGACCUUGAUAAAGAGAGAGGGUCCAAGUGGAGAGUGUGUGAUCAGAUUAAACCAUCUGCUUCUCACUUGACCAGCGUUCUCAUCAACUUC